CUGGGCUGUGCAGAUGCCGCGGUUAGGGUGGUGGAGCAUCUUGGCGUUUGACUGAGCGGGGCUUGGAGGUUUGGGGUCGUUGGAGGAGCCGGGGGAUCGGCGCUCGAUAGAUCCGCAAUCGAUGGAUCGGCGCUCGGCGUGAGGGCCCCCCACGGCUAGCCGAGGCUAUCCCGGAAUCGCCUUGCAGCCCUUCCUGGUUCUGCUCUUCCACCUCCUUCAGUGGGAGUUACUGUCGGGGACCACUCACAUCUGACAGUAUUUCAGACAAAGUCUGGUUUUCAACAAUGCUGAAAUCAAACAAUUGCUUUUUUUCCAUGGAUAAUUUGUUUUUCAGUAGCCCAGAUGAAACUGAAAACCUUCCAGUUAAGGAAAAAUCACUGGAUUGGUUUCUCCCUCCAGCUCCACUGAUUUCAGAAAUUCCAGAUACUCAAGAGUUAGAGGAAGAAAUUGAAAGUUAUAAACUAUUAAGCCAAGGAAAGAUGCCAAAAAUGAUAACAUCAAAUCUGAAGAUCAUUAACGAAGACAAAAAUUGUAUUUCACCAACACAAAACUUCCAUUUUCCCUGUAAUGUGCGUAAACAGGAUUACCUGAAAUUAGGAGGAUCAAGUAUCAAUGACUCAUCCCGUAUUGCUGGCACACUGUUCUGUGGCUCUUCCCAGAAGUAUAAAGAUCACAUGGGCACUGAGAAUCCACCUGCAAGGAGUGGUCCUGGGGAUCUGAAAUUCCCUGAUGCUGCAGAAGACAGAGGAGCGUACACAUCAGCACUCAAAAAAGGAUUAUUUAGAACAUGUGACAAUAUACAUGAAUGUGAUUAUGCUAAUGAAAAUAUAAACUUGGAUUCUCAUAUUAGCCCAGUGAAACUAGCCCAAACAAAAAUAAACAAAGAGAAAUCAUGGAACAGUAGCAAUAGUAAGCAGAAACUUCAAUAUUCUACAAAUAAAUUGAAAGCAAAUGAUGCUUUUUCUGCUUCUGAAAUUGGAGAAAACAUAUUCAAAGCACCAUCCUUUUCCGUUGCAUCUCAGCCUCAUGACAUUCAAGGUAUAACCCCAAAUGGCUUGGGUUCCUUGAAGGCUGUCACAGAAAUCCCGGCAAAAUUUAGAAGUAUAUUCAAAGAAUUCCCUUACUUCAACUACAUACAAUCCAAAGCCUUUGAUGAUCUUCUUUACACAGAUAGGAAUUUUGUGAUUUGUGCCCCCACUGGUUCUGGGAAAACUGUAGUGUUUGAACUUGCGAUAACAAGAUUGUUAAUGGAAGUACCAUUGCCAUGGCUCAACAUGAAAAUUGUUUACAUGGCACCAAUAAAAGCCCUUUGUAGUCAGCGGUUUGAAGACUGGAAAGAAAAAUUUGGACCAAUAGGCUUGAGUUGUAAAGAACUUACUGGAGAUACAGUAAUGGAUGACCUAUUUGAGAUUCAGCAUGCCAAUAUAAUUAUGACAACUCCAGAAAAGUGGGACACCAUGACUAGGAAGUGGAGAGACAACUCUUUAGUCCAGCUGGUUCGACUGUUUCUCAUUGAUGAGGUGCAUAUUAUAAAAGAUGAAAACCGUGGUCCAACUCUUGAGGUUGUAGUUAGCAGAAUGAAAACUGUACAGUCUUUAUCCAGGGCCUUAAAAAAUGCCAGCCCUGUUCCUAUGAGAUUUGUAGCUGUAUCUGCAACAAUUCCCAAUACUGAGGAUAUCGCAGAAUGGCUUUCGGAUGGCGAGAGACCUGCUGUAUGUCUGAAAAUGGAUGAGAGCCAUAGACCUGUGAAACUUCAGAAAGUGGUCCUGGGUUUCCCCUGUAGUAGUAACCAAACGGAAUUCAAGUUUGACUUAGCCCUCAACUAUAAAGUUUACAGUGUUAUACGAACAUACUCGGAUCAGAAGCCCACACUUGUGUUUUGUGCGACAAGGAAAGGUGUGCAGCAGGCUGCUUCUGUUCUUGUAAAAGAUGCUAAAUUUAUUAUCACAGUGGAACAGAAACUGAGGUUACAGAAGUCUGCAUAUUCUAUAAGGGAUUCAAAAUUAAAAGAUGUCUUAGUGUAUGGUGUUGGUUAUCACCAUGCUGGGAUGGAGCUGUCAGAUAGGAAACUGGUUGAAGGACUAUUUACUUCUGGAGAUCUCCCAGUUCUUUUCACUACCAGCACUCUAGCUAUGGGAGUGAACUUGCCGGCUCACCUGGUGGUGAUAAAGUCUACAAUGCACUACAGUGGAGGCAUGUUUGAGGAGUACAGCGAGACGGACAUCCUGCAGAUGAUUGGGAGAGCGGGCAGGCCUCAGUUUGACACUACAGCUACUGCUGUUAUUAUGACCCGAUUAAGUACAAGAGAGAAGUACAUUCAGAUGUUAGCUUGUAACGACACCGUAGAAAGCAGUUUGCACAGACAUCUUAUUGAACAUUUAAAUGCAGAGAUAGUACUGCACACCAUCACAGAUGUGAGCAUUGCUCUGGACUGGAUCCGAUCAACCCUGCUGUAUAUCAGAGCUCUGAAAAACCCAUCUCAUUAUGGUUUCGUAUCUGGAUUGAACAAAGAUGGAAUCGAAGCAAAAUUACAAGAAUUAUGUUUGAAGAAUCUGAAAGAUUUAUCAUCACUAGACUUGAUAAAGAUGAAUGAAGAUGUUUAUUUUAAACCAACAGAGGCAGGAAGACUAAUGGCUUGGUAUUACAUUACAUUUGAGACAGUGAAGAAAUUUUGUACAAUCAGUGGAAAAGAAACUUUAUCCGAUUUAAUUUCAAUGAUAGCCAGCUGCAAUGAAUUUCUAGACGUGCAACUGAGGAUAAAUGAAAAGAGAGCAUUGAAUGCUUUAAACAAAGACCCAAACCGGAUAACGAUCAGAUUUCCAAUGGAUGGGAAAAUUAAAACAAGAGAAAUGAAAGUGAACUGUCUUAUUCAGGCGCAGUUGGGAUGCAUUCCUAUCCAAGAUUUUGCUUUGACACAAGAUACCUCGAAAAUUUUCAAAAAUGGCUCACGAAUUGCAAGAUGGUUGUCAGAUUUUGUGGCUUCCCAGGAAAAGAAGUUUGUUGUGCUUUUAAACAGUGUGAUUUUAGCUAAAUGUUUUAAGUGUAAACUCUGGGAAAACUCUCGGCAUGUAUCCAAACAGCUGGAUAAAAUUGGCAUAUCAUUGUCAAAUACCAUGGUAAAUGCAGGUUUGACUUCUUUUAAAAAAAUAGAAGAAGCAAAUGCAAGAGAAAUUGAACUGAUUUUAAGCAGACAUCCGCCUUUCGGAACCCAGAUAAAAGAAGCUGUGAUGUAUCUACCAAAGUAUGAACUUGAAGUGGAGCAGAUUGCAAGAUAUAGUGAUACCAAGGCGGAAAUACUGGUGACCAUUAUAUUAAGAAACUUUGAACAGCUGCAGACUAAAAGAACAGCACCAGACUCUCACUAUGCUACCUUAAUCAUAGGUGAUGCAGAUAAUCAAGUCGUUUUUAAGCACAAAAUUAUGGAUUCUGUUUUGUUAAAAAGUGGAAAUUGGGCUAAAAAAAUUGAUGUGAAGAGAGCUCUUACAUCUGAAGAUCUUAGCAUAAAUCUAAUUAGUUCUGAUUAUGUUGGUCUUGAUAUUCAGCAGAAAUUUACAGUCUUUUAUUUAGGACCCAGGAGGUUUGUCAAUCAAACAGUUAUGCACGGAAGAUUAGAAACAGAUAUUUCUCGUUCUAAACUCUCAGAUCGAGCUGCUAUAGCAGGAUCCAGUAAAGGGAUGGCUACCUGCAAAAAACCUGGGAACCGAGAAUGCAAUCAUCAUUGUAAAAAUAAACAUACGUGUGGACAUGACUGCUGUAAAAUUGGAGUUCCACAAAAGCCAGAAGUUAAAGAGUCAGCAAUGUCUUCGUAUUUGUCUGACUUAAAAAGCAGAAAUGCUGUUUCUUCUUUUCCUCCAGUUAAACGACUCAAGAUACAGAUGAACAAAUCUCAAAAUGUGGACCUGAAAGAGUUUGGUUUUACUCCAAGGCCUUCCCUGUCCAGCAUAUCAAGGUCAGAAUAUUUAAACAUCCCUGAAUUACCAGUAUUGGAACAGUGGAGUCAGCGUGAAAUCUAUGGAAAAGUUCAACAGGAACCAUCUGAGUAUCAUGACAAAGAUUUUCUUGGAUGGAACUCUCGUACAACUUCAAAUGGAAGGACCCCUCAAACAGUGAUGUUCAGCAGACACACUAACAUAUCUGGAAAUCACAGCGUUGCAGAUCAAAACAAGUCUUCUGAAGUUUUGGAUGUGAACUUCGAGUUGGGAAAUGAAGUUUGGGAUGACUUUGAUGAUGAAAGCUUAAUAGAAGUUAUAAGUUUUUCAGCUGAUGCUGAGAAGACAGCUAUAUCAGGAUUUGGAGACACUUGUAGUUCAAGUCCCAGGGGAAGUAAGCUACCCUUCCAAAAGUCAAGCAGCAAAUUCCAAAGAGAAACCUCAAACAGUUUUGUUUCAUCACAUGAGAAGCCAGAUAUUUAUCCAUCAGAUUGUGCCAUGUCCAAGUUUGGUCCAUCUCUUGUGGCAGAGUUACCUCAACAAGCUGGAAACGAAAAUCUUGUCAAUUCACAAGAGAGAAAACAGCCAACUCUCUCACCAGUGAUUGAGAGGGUAUGCUUUACUCACUCUAAGAAAACACAACAGUCCCUCAAUUUUAAGGAAGUGGAUAUUUUUAUUGGAAACAGUGACUCUAAAAAGGAAAUUGAUCUCAGGAGCUCAGCCCAGUGUUUGGCUGUGGAUCUUCUCUGCAUCUACUUCCAUCAGUUACUGGAUGGAGGGUAGUCAGCAAUCUGAUAACAGGAGAAGGCCAGUUCAGGCACCCUCUCCACUGUUGCUACAAGUCUUAGCUGGGGUCAUCCUUGUGGAUUCCUGGGAUUUUCUCUGGCACUAGGUUUCUCCCCUCUAUCAAGAUACCUCUUUCAUUGCUCUCGUCCUUCGUCCUACCCCAAGUGGACCAUCCCAUUCCCUCAUGUCCCCCCCACCCAAGUUUACCCGGGAGAUCUCAUCCAUUUCCCCUUCCCAGGGAAAUCCAUGUGUCUCUCUUAGGGUCCUCCUGGUUACCUAACUGCUGGCCAUUUCUAAGAGGGAAGCUCUGCAGCAGUUUUUUCUUUCCUUUGAGAGUCCAAGCUUAGAAACCCGCUCCUGCUUUUUAUUAAGUAGCAUUACUUCCGAUGUAUUUAAAGAAAUAAUCACAGUUUACAGUCUCUUGUAAACUUCUACCCAGACAAGGUUUUCAUACGAAGUGUGUUUGUUGUAGUAGCCUCACAGUGAUCUUCAAGUUUACCUACACUGUAAUGUUACAUUAUUUACUCUGUGUUUUAAAAUAAACUAGUUUACAAAAAAAUCACUUUUACAUUUGCUUUUUCCCUCCAGUAAGUAUUACCCUGAUGAUGCGGAUGAAGAAAGGAGGGCUCUUCUGGGAAUAUUUAAUGGCAUUUUCUAGAAAAAGAAAAGAAAGAAAACAAAGAAACAAUUAUUUUGCUAAUGAACAAAGUAUAAACAUCUAAUCCCCCCAAAUGCUUUUUGUUUUUAAAAAUAAUUGAUAAUCAUUCAGAAUUUUUCUCAAAUUCGAUUCACUUCUUGACUUUCUUACAACAAAAUAUAUGAACUGAUACAUUUUUAUUUCUCUUGUAACUUCUUGAAGAAUGGUUUCGCUUCAGCAAACUGAUAAUUAAGUUAUUAUAAGUAAUUUGUUAUUAAACCAAUUUUAAUAGAAACUAAGGGUUUUUUUUUUUAUUUUCUUAAGAAAGGUAUCUGACAAAGCAAAAUAAUGCUGCCCAUGAAUCUGCAGCUUAUUCGUUCACAUGGUCUCAUGUGCUCUGUUCUGUUGUUCUCACUUCUAGGUUUUCAAGAACCCAGUAGCUUUUGAAAAUGUUAUUUCACUUUGAGCAGUAAUAAAUGAAAUAUUAAUUGGUAUGAGU